AUGGAUUCAAGUCUGUUUGGCAAAAAAUCAAAUUCCGAGUUGGCCUCACUGUUUGAAUGUCCCGUUUGUUUCGAAUACAUUUUACCUCCAAUUUUGCAAUGUCAGAAUGGCCAUCUCGUUUGCCAGACCUGUCGCAAAAUGAUAACCACAUGUCCGACGUGUCGAGUCCAGAUCACGUCGAAUAUCCGAAAUCUGCAGAUGGAAAAAGUGGCUUCGAGCGUCUAUUUUCCUUGUAAAUACUCGAUUCUUGGCUGCAAAACUCAGCUCCUUUACCAAGAUAAACCAGGCCACGAGGAAGCCUGUACUCAUAAACCGUACAUAUGUCCAUGUCCAGGAACCAGUUGCAAGUGGCAAGGCCCAAUAGAUCAGGUGAUGCCGCAUCUCAUGUCACAACACAAAAGCAUCACGACGUUGGAAGGUGAAGACAUUGUCUUUUUGGCCACGGACAUCAAUCUUAGCGGUGCAGUCGAUUGGGUGAUGAUUCAGUCAUGUUUCUCACACCAUUUCAUGUUGGUGCUCGAAAAACAGGAAAAGAAUGGCCGGCAGCAGUUUUACGCUGUCGUCCAAAUCAUCGGAUCUGAAAAGCAGGCCGAGAAUUUCAUUUACCGGUUAGAGUUGUCUGGUCAUAAACGGCGAUUGGUCUGGGAAGCAACACCCAAAUCUAUCCACGACGGUGUCCAAACGGCCAUCAACACAAACGACUGUCUAGUGUUUGAUACGACAUUGGCCCAGAGAUUCUCGGAAAACGGUAAUCUCGGCAUCAAUGUCACCAUCUGCCCAGUCUAAACAUUCUAUUCUCACAAUGUCCAUGUAUCAUCUCUCUCUCUUUCUCUGUGUAUGUGUAUCUUUUGACUUUUCAUUCCGUAUUUUCUUGAAUAAAUAAACGACCGUAUAGUUGGAAAUUCCCACUAGGCGGUAUGAUAAA